UCGUUCCCUAGCCGUCGUUUCUGGCCGCAGUCCUGUUUAACAGAAGUGAAAACUGAUGCAUUGAGUGGGGGGAAAGGCCUUUCCCUUAUCCAUCUCUCCCGGGCCCCAAAGACCUUGCAGAUUUGUCUGGUUUCCAGACACGUGUUUUCGAAUGUUGUGCGGACGGGAGCUUAAGCAUUGAAGAAUAGAGUAGGAACUCCUAGAAUUUUAAGGGAUUUAUGAGUAUUUCCAAAACUGACUUUUGACUACCGGCCGUGAGGGAUUCGUGAUUGCCUUUCGCUAUCCUGUGGCUCCAACAUGUACUUCCCUUCUUGGUUAAGUCAACUGUGCAGGGAUUUAUACAGACCCCUUGGAAGCACCACUCAGCCGAUUUGGGGUUCUCUCUCCAGAAGUCUUGUGCUAAGUUCACAGAGGAGAAUUCCAGAAUUCAGUAGCUUUGUUGCCCGGACCAACACAUGUGGAGAAUUGCGUUCCUCUCACUUAGGCCAAGAAGUCACCUUGUGUGGAUGGAUUCAGUACCGAAGGCCAAAAAUGCCAACAGGUGAGAUUGAAAUCAAAGUUAAAACAGCUAAACUUCUGAAUCCCUCCAAGAAGCUGCCCUUUGAAAUUAAGGACUUUGUGAAGCCUCAGAGUCCUCAACAGUUUAAGCAGCUUCUGAUGGUUGGCGGUUUAGACAGAUAUUUUCAGGUCGCCCGAUGUUAUCGAGAUGAAGGUUCAAAACCAGACAGACAGCCGGAGUUUACUCAGAUUGACAUAGAGAUGUCUUUUGUAGACCAGUCUGGGAUUCAGAGUUUAAUUGAGGGUUUACUCCAGUAUUCCUGGCCCCACGACAAAGAUCCUUUGCUGGUUCCUUUUCCUUCUAUGACUUUUGCUGAGGCAUUGGCCACCUAUGGAACUGAUAAACCUGAUACUCGCUUUGGAAUGAAGAUUAUAGAUAUCAGUGAUAAGUUUAGAAACACAGAGAUUGGAUUUCUUCAAGAUGCACUUCGUAAACCCCAAGGAACCGUCAAAGCCAUGUGUGUCCCUGAAGGAGCAAAAUACUUAAAAAGGAGAGACAUUGAAUCUAUCCAAAAAUUUGCAGCUGACCAUUUUAAUCAGGAAGUCUUACCUGUAUUCCUGAAAGCCAAUAGAAACUGGAAUUCUCCAGUUGCUAAAUUUAUAAUGGAGGAGCAAAGAUCGGAAUUAACCAGACUAAUGGAGAUCCAAGAGGAAGAUGUGAUCCUCCUAACUGCGGGAGAACACAAGAAAGCAUGCUCUUUGCUGGGAAAAUUACGACUGGAAUGUGCUGAUCUUCUAGAAAUGAGAGGAGUGGUCCUCCGUGACACAUCUCUGUUCUCUUUCCUUUGGGUAGUGGAUUUCCCUCUCUUCCUUCCCAAGGAGGAAAAUCCCAGAGAACUGGAGUCUACCCACCACCCAUUUACUGCUCCCCACCCCAGUGACAUCCACCUCCUGCACACUGAGCCCGAGAAGGUGCGUAGCCAACACUAUGACUUGGUUUUAAAUGGCAGUGAGAUAGGAGGCGGUUCUAUCCGAAUUCACGAUGCAGAGCUACAGCGUUACAUCCUGGCAACUUUACUAAAGGAAGAUGUGAAAUUGCUCUCCCAUCUGCUCCAGGCGUUAGAAUAUGGGGCGCCCCCUCAUGGAGGAAUUGCCUUAGGGUUAGACAGACUGAUAUGCCUUGUCACUGGAGCUCCAAGUAUCAGAGAUGUCAUAGCCUUCCCCAAAUCCUUCCGGGGACAUGACCUCAUGAGCAGCGCCCCAGAUUCUGUCCCUCCUGAAGAACUGAAGCCCUAUCAUAUCCGGGUCUCCUGGCCAACAGACUCAGAAGCAGAGAAGAGUUCAUUGAAUCACCCGCACCAUGCAAAAAGUUGAGCUUUUGAGUUUUGUCCUCUUUGCUUCCCCAAGGCUAAACUCAGAUGCAGAGUUGAGCCACAGAUCUGACCGUCCUCUCUGUAGGUGGAAGGAAUCCAGGCAACAUUCUUCACCACAAUGAAGAAACCCAAUUCUGACUUGAUCACAUGCAUCAUUAAGAUUAUUCUUAGUCGAGACUUUUUUGAAGUUCUUUUUUACUUGGAGAGGUGUGAAAGAUAGCUCCUUGUUGGAAUAUUAUACUGGAUUUUUGUUUUUUAAUCAUGUUUUUCAUACCCAGAUAG